AGUCCAGACUCCAGAAUAAGCACGGCCCAUACAUAUCAGAUGAGACUCUCUCACUCUCUAGCGGAAGCCUGGAUUGAAUUGAGCUUCGUUGAUUGAGUUUGUUGUUUCCGACAAGCAAGAAGAGGGCGUUUAUUCUGUCGGUUGGCUGACCCUAUUAUUAACCAAAACAUCAAAAAAAAGAAACAAAACAAAUAAAUAAGUGAAAAAAGAAGAGAGAGUGUGUCUUUUUUUUAUUAUUAUUUAUUAUUACAGUAAAUGGCGGUGUCCUUCUCCAACCACUGUUUUCUGGCUCAUCAUCAUCAUCGCCGGCUCUCAGCUUCGUGGUCGUCCACAACCACAAAACCACCCUCCAAAACCCUCAAAUAUUCAACACUCUCGGUUUCUUCUGAUCCUAGCCCUCUUAUCUGCAAACCAAUAGUAGGGUUCUCUAACUCUUCCUCGCUUCUUAGACCUUCCUUCAAUACUCAUCUCGCUGCCCGCUACUCUGUUUCCACUACAAAUGGUGAAGAGGAUGGACAGAGUGUCGAUUCAGUGGUAAGUGGAGCGGGUGGACAACACGUAUUUAGUUUAAAGACCCUUAUUAAAGAAUACAAGGAAGCCAUUCUUGAUGGAGAUGAAAAGACAGUAUUGGAUGUGGAGGCUAGAAUAGACAGGAUAGAAAAAGAGAUGCAUGAAUUAGACCAGAAACUAUCCACUUUAACAGCAGACAUAACGUCUGGGAAGGAGAAAUAUAUUCGCUUACAAGCAGAUUUUGAUAAUUUUAGAAAAAGAUCAGAAAAGGAGAGGCUUACGGUAAGGACUAAUGCCCAAGGAGAAGUAAUUGAGAGUCUUUUGCCCAUGGUGGACAAUUUUGAGAGAGCCAAACAGCAAAUUAAACCUGAAACAGAAAAGGAAAUAAAGAUUGAUGCAAGCUAUCAGGGAAUAUACAAGCAAUUUGUGGAGAUAAUGCGGAGCUUGCAUGUGGCUGUUGUAGCAACAGUAGGGAAGCCCUUCGAUCCCUUGCUUCAUGAAGCCAUUGCACGAGAGGAGUCUCACGAGUUCAAGGAAGGUAUUAUAAUUCAAGAAUUCCGCCGUGGGUUUUUACUUGGAGAUCGGCUUCUAAGACCAGCAACGGUUAAGGUUUCUUCAGGGCCCGGAAGAAAAAAAGCUCCACUAACCCAUGAGAACUCCUCCGGACCGCCUGCAGCCACUGCUGGAAUAGAUGACAGAUAGGUUGUCUUCAAAAGCUCAAUAUCGAUGCACAAGCAUCUGCUUCAACCAGUCAUUUCGGUAGACAUUUUGGCUCAUCAACCUUUCUUGGAUAGCUUACUGUUUUCAUUCUGGGAAGACUAAUGUAAUCAGCCUUGCCAGCAUCUGAGCUUCACAAUUUGUAUUUCAUUUCACAUCCGCGUAUAAUUUCUGCUUUCAAAGGAAGUCAGAGACUCGUGUAACUGUUAAGCAAUUCAUGUGGUAACUAGUUGGUUCUUGAUAAGAAAGUGCAACUCAACUCGCUAUACUUCUAUUUUUUGGUCUUUCUUCAAAUAUGGAAUAUAAAUUCGCUAUUGUUGUUA